CUCUCUCUCUCUCUCUCUCUCUCUCUCUCUCCCUCUCUCUCUACAGUCCAAAUUGACUUGCAGGUUCCCUGUCCAGGAAAAAUAACAGGGGAAUCGCUAAAGUCCUUGUCAUAAUCCAGCUUAUAUCUUAGUUCUUGCAAACCCAUUUCUGUGUUAGCUUGAAUGACUUUCUGGAGUUCUUCAUUUGGCUUUUGUUGCAAUUGACAGAUAAACUUCUUGAACUCAUAUGAUGCAAGACUAAAGUUGCAGUCUUGGUGAGUUUUCUCUCACUUUUCCUCGAAAAUAUGGAUUGGGGUUUCCUAGAAAUCAAAGAAAAAAGAUCUCUCUCUCCAUCACAGCAACCAUAUUUGCGUUAUCAGCCACCACCACCCACUAUUCAAUCCAAUAGUUUUAGUUUAAACAACAAGGUAAGCCCAAGUAUUUUGCUCAUUAUAAUAAUUCUUGCUAUUGUUUUCUUUGUAUCUGGUAUGCUUCACCUUCUUGUUAGAUUUCUAUUGAGAACCCCAAGUAGAGACCCAGAUGAACUGGACAAUGUCACUGUUCUUCAAGGUCAGUUACAACAGCUCUUUCACCUCCAUGAUGCUGGGGUUGACCAGUCCUUCAUAGACACCCUUCCAGUUUUCAAUUACAAAGCGAUUAUUGGUGUAAAAAACCCAUUUGAUUGUGCUGUUUGUUUAUGUGAAUUUGAGUCUGAUGAUAAGCUUAGAUUGUUGCCCAAAUGUAGCCAUGCCUUUCACAUGGAGUGCAUAGAUACUUGGCUCUUGUCUCACUCCACUUGCCCUCUUUGUAGAGCUAGUUUGCUUCCUGAUUUCUCUCCAAACAAUAGCUGUCCUCCAAUAGUCCUUAUUCUUGAAUCUGGUAGUGAGAGUUCAAGAGAGAUUGUUUCAGAGAGAGAGUGUGUUUUGAGUACCACCAAUUCAGUUGCAAGAGCAAAUUCCCAUCUGGGUGCUCAUUGUGACGAUGAGUUCGGGUUGGAUAGAACAGAUCUUUCACGUAAAUCUUGCGAAAUUCAGGCGAAAGGCGAUGAAGAUCGACAAAUAAAAGAGCUUUCGAAGGAGAAGGUUGUGGCUGUUAAGCUUGGGAAGUUUAGAAAUGUUGAUGGUGGAGGUGGAGGUGGAGGUGGAGGUGAAGGUAGUAGUAACAAUAGUGUUGAUUCAAGAAGGUGCUUUUCUAUGGGGUCUUUUGCUUAUGUAAUGGAUGAGAAUUCUUCAUUACAAGUACCUAUUAGAACCACCCCAAUGAAGAAACAAUCAAGUAAGAAGCCUUCUUUACCAUUAACACCCGGGCAUAGGACGGCAAUGUCUGAAUGUGGUUGUGAUUCAAGAAGAGAAUUCAAUGGUUUUGAAGCAUUUAGAAGCAUUGACAUUGAAAGAGGUGGCGGUGGUGGUGGUGGUAGUGGUAGUGGUGAUUGUACUAAUACUAUUAGUAAGAGCAAGAGAGAGAGCUUUUCAAUAUCAAAAAUUUGGCUCCGGGGGAAGGAAGAUAAGACUAAUUCAACCACGGCCGAGUCGUCGAGAAGGGCAUUUUCCUUCCGUUUUCCGGUGAACCGGAAUGUUGGGGCUGAUGUUGAUAUGAAACCUAAGAAUGGUGAAAGUGGUACAAGGAGGACUAUUUCUGAGAUUGACAUUAGGAGGUGGGAAAAUGGAGGAAGUGAAUUGGGUUGUGAUGAGGAAUUUCAAAGCUGCAACAGUUUAGAUUCUCAAGCAAAUCCACCAUCCUUUGCAAGGAGGACUCUGCUUUGGCUAAUGGGAAGACAAAACAAGGUUGUUCACUCAUCUUUCUCCCAAAAUGUUUAAUUUCAUUUUUCUUUGGAGUUUUGGGUAUACUUUUACUCCUUGAAUUCAUCAUUUUGGGACGUAAUAGGAAGAGAAAGUAAAAGGAAAAAAGGUUGAAAAUGUGUAACAGAUCUCAAUACAGUGUAUUUUUUCAUAGUCCCCCCCCCCCCCCCUCUGUCUCUCGGUCUCUCUCAAUCAUGGUCUAAAGU